AUGGAGGCGCCAGCGGCACAGGGAGAGCUGCUACGAGAGUUCACGAAGCGAGAAAAGGACUUUAUGCUGCUCGCCUUGGAUGAAGGCAGGAAGGCGUUGAAGGAGGGCGAGGUGCCCGUGGGGUGCGUCAUCGUCCACCGGCGAAGGCGAGCCGAUGCUGGCGGCGGUGCGGGAGAAGACUCUCGUGUUGACACCGGUGACGACGGCAACGACGACGUGGUGAUCGCCACCGGCUACAACAAGACCAACGAGCGACGAGACGCCACGCUGCACGCCGAGGUGGUGGCCAUCGGCAAGAUCAUGGACCAGCUCCGCCAGUCCGCCGACCAAGACCCUCGACCCCUCCGCACUCGUUGGACUGAGCUGUUUGCAGAGAGCGAGCUGUUUGUGACGUGCGAGCCGUGCAUUAUGUGCGCCGGCGCGCUGCUGCACGCGGGCAUCGGGAAGGUCUACUUCGGGUGCUCCAACGAACGCUUCGGCGGCUGCGGCUCCGUGCUGCGGCUCCACGACCAGUCCUUCCCCGGCCUCGCCGGCUACCCGUGCGUGUCGGGCCUCUUCGUCGAGGAGGCCAUCCAGCUCCUCAAACAGUUCUACCUCGACGGCAACCCCAACGCCCCCAACCCCAAGCGACCACUAGCGACGGCGUCAAGUGGUGAGGAGGAGCCCUCUUCAGUCCAGCCGGCGCCGCAGUAG